AUUAUUCAGUAUGUUUCCACUGACUGAGGAAAACAAGCAUGUGGCCCGGUUGUUAUUCAGUUCUGGUACCUGUCCCAGAUGUAUCUUCAGAUUCUGUGGUGUGGAUCUUCAUGGACCUUACAAACGCCCAUCCAAGGAGUUGUUCAAUGAUCUACAGAAAUUUCUAGAAACUGAAAAAGAUGAAUUAAUUUUGGAGAUUCCAAACCCACCAUUGAAGAAAAUCCGUCUUCAAGAAGACGGGAUGGAUAAAUUGAGUGAAAAUGGAGAGGAGGGGAUCUCUGUCACGGAAGACAAAAGCAUUGCUUCUGAGCCUUCAGAUUUGAGUGUGUGCAACGUCUGCUUAGGAAUUCUUCAAGAGUUCUGUGAGAAAGAGUUUAUAGCAAAGGUGUGUCAAAAGGUUGACGCCUCUGGGUUUGAAUUCACCAGCAUGGUUUUAUCUGUUUCCUUCCCACCACAGCUGUCUGUGAGAGAGCAUGCUACAUGGUUGCUGGUAAAACAGGAGAUGGGAAAGCGGAGUCUGUCUCUGGGAAGAAAUGAUGUAGUUCAGCUGAAAGAAGCCUACAAAUGGAUAACUCACCCCCUGUUUUCAGAGGGACUGGGAGUUCCCAUUGAUGGAAAGAGCUUGUUUGAAGUGAGUGUGGUCUUUGCUCAUCCAGAAACAUUUGAGGACUGCCACUUCCUAGGUGAAGUUUGCCGAGAUUGUUUCAAACCAGCCAAAAACAAACAGUCAGUGUUCACCAGAAUGGCCGUUUUGAAAGCUUUGAACAAGAUAAAAGAAGAGGAUUUCCUCACGCAAUUUCCUUGUCCUCCAAACUCACCAAAGACCGUAUGCACUGUCCUUGAAAUUGAAUGUGCUCAUGGUGCUGUUUUUGUUGCUGGCAGAUAUAAUAAAUACUCCAGGAAUCUACCACAGACUCCUUGGAUAAUUGAUGGAGAAAGGAAAAUGGAAUCUUCUGUGGAAGAACUAAUUUCAGAUCAUCUGUUGGCAGCAUUCAAAGCAGAGGGCUUUAAUUUCUCGUCCUCUGGAAGAGAAGAUGUAGAUGUGAGAACUUUAGGAAAUGGAAGGCCUUUUGCAGUGGAACUGCUGAACCCUCAUAGAGUGCAUUUCAGUUCACAAGAAGUUAAGGAGCUCCAGCAGAAAAUUAAUAACUCAUCUGACAAAAUCCAAGUACGUGAUUUGCAGCUUGUCACCAGAGAGGCAAUAGGGUAUAUGAAGGAAGGAGAAGAAGAGAAGACCAAGACCUAUAGCGCCCUGAUAUGGACCAAUAAAGCUAUACAGAAGAAAGACAUUGGAUUUCUAAACGACCUAAAGGACUUAAAGAUUGACCAGAAAACACCUCUCCGGGUCCUUCACCGAAGGCCUUUGGCUGUGAGAACUCGGGCCAUUCAUUCUAUGGAGACACACUACCUGGAUGAGCAUCAUUUUCGUCUGAAUCUGAAGACCCAAGCGGGAACCUACAUUAAAGAAUUUGUGCACGGAGACUUUGGGAGAACCAAGCCAAACAUUGGCUCUCUGAUGAACGUGACUGCAGACAUUCUUGAGCUAGAUGUGGAGUCUGUGGAUGUUGACUGGCCACCUGCUUUGGAUGACUAGCUCUCACAUUUGGACACCGAGGGUUUUCCUAACACGAUCCGAGUACAGGCAGCAUAUCCUGGAAGAUCACUAACCCACCCCGGCAGUGACUUCAGAGUGACCUGGAUCGAUGGAAGAUGACUAACCCACCCUGGCAGUGACUUGAGAGUGACCUGGAUCGUGUUGAUCUGUCCCAAAGCUCACUGUAGCAUCUAGUACAUCUCAGGGUCUGUAUGUACAUAGACCUCAGGGUCUAUCUGUAUGCAUAUUUUGUGUUCUGUUAUUCUUAGGAUGUCUUUUUUUUUUUUUUUUCUCUCAUGCCCACAAAAUAAAAAUAGGAAUGAUCCAACCAUUUUCCAUUUUGAUUCUGUCACUUAGAGAAGUACGCAGGGGAGACGGUGUUAAGAGGAGCUGUGACUUCUUCCA